GGACAGUACUAUAGUCCGUCUCUCGACAUCCACCUUUACAGACGUGCAACACAAUGGCUACCAAAGCUGUUGCCGCUGCGGCCCUCGACUGGACACGCAUUUACGGCUCUCUGAACCUUGGCAAGGAGACCGUGGCCGCUCUGCAAGAAUUCCGUAAGCGCGCAUACGAGGCACAGCGCGUGCAUGCCGCUCUCUCUUCCCAACCUACCACCGUCGACUUUGCGCACUACCGCGCUGUGCUGCGUAACAAAGCCGUCGUGGACGAGUGCGAGAAGAUCAUGCGUGACUUCAAGCCCAAGGAGGUGGAUACUGGUGCGUGGAUCAAGAGCAUCGAGAGCUUUGAGGGGAAGGCAGUCGAGAGCGCCCAGGCGACGGAGAAGAACGUUGAUCAGGAGGUGGGUAAGUUGAAGAAGACACUUGCAAACAUUGAGGAGGCAAGGCCAUUUGAGGAUGUCACUGUCGAUGACGUCCUCGCGGCCCGGCCGGAGGUCGAAAAGGCCCUCAAGACCAUGUUCAGCAAGGGCAAAUUCACCGUACCCGGGUACAAGGAGAAGUUCGGGAACCUCUCACUGAUGUAAGCGGGCCAAAGGUGGAACCUUGCACCCUCGCCGGGAAAAACUAUAACCACAAUAAUGUAUCCCUGCUGUAUCGUGUUUUCAAUGCGAAACAGAAUAGAUUGCAGUGGGUAUCUACAAAGAUACAGAUGGACAUACGCAUCACCAGCGUUAGGAACACCGAUGUGCACAGCGACGACUUGCGGAUGCUAUACAGUUGAGACCAGAUAAAGGUACGAUAACCAAGAGGAAAGAUAAGCAAGAAAGAUCACCUUAUUUCGGCGUUAGAAUGGGUCGGCCGCUGCCCUUUUGAGCAGAUCUUGCUUGUGCGUCUCAUACAGACGGGAUGUGCUAAGCACACCGGCGAUGAGCCCCGUUGUGGCCAAGACAGGCUGCCUAUAGGUUUUCAAGUUGAACACCUCAUAUGAAACGUAAAUCAGAUCCAUGAACAGCUUCAUCCUCUGUCGAUCGAUCGACGCCAGCUGGCGCUGCAGCCUAUCGAGCUCCCUCUCUCCCUCUUCGAUAUCCCCACACCCCUCUUUCUCCAGAUCCCGUCCUUCGAGUUCUGACUCAUAGAUCUUUGAUUGUACUUCCUUCACCAGCUGGCGGACCAUCGUGAGCUCCGCACCGUUCUCGACAAGCUGGGCGAGGGUGCUGAAGAACCAACACCAAUUAGCCAGUCGUUCCGCACGCUUACCAACGCGCUGUGGCAUGAUGCGGAGGAGGGAGAGGACGUAGAUGUCAUCCGAGAAGGACUGGAGCAGGGAAAGCAGGACGGGUGGGGGCGCGCGGAGCAGCUUUUGCAGGAUUGACGGUGCCAUGGGCUUCGCUGGGGGCGCGGAGCCGAACGGCGUCACCGACAAAGUGGUGUUGAAGGGCAGGGAAGGGGGGUUAAGGAUCUGCGUUAGCGGAGACAACCAGGCGAACAUGACUGUUAUCUUCCGAAAGAGGGACAGGGAGGAGAUAGUAUGUUGCAUACUGUCCUGCAGUGCGUUCCCGCGGCUCUUUGCCAGGACGGUUCCGAGGGUGCGAGAGUGCGUAAGGAGGUAGACCUUCAAUGUGUAUUGUAUGACUUUGAACGUCUUCUCUCUUCCUUUGGCCGUAAGGAGGAGCGCGUUCCACACCUCUCCCGGACCCGCUCUACGCUGAACCUCCCUCUCGAUCUCCUCCUCAAAUUGUCUACUCAACCUCGCCUCCCUCUCCUUCGUCUUCGGUCCCUUCCCAUUGGCCACAAACCUGGUAUUUAGGUUUGGAUUUUCUUCACUGAUGCUCUGCAUGCUUGCGCGCUGAGAGGUGGGUGAGCCUGAGCCUACUGAGGUGCGCGAGCGAGGUGGAAGGGAGGAGAGAGCCGGAUUUGGGUUGAUGAUCUGGAAGCUGUGUCCCAUCGCUGUGGUCCCCGAUGUGGUAGACAAAGCGCUGUCAUACAUUGAUUGAGAUCCAUAA